AUGCCGCCGCCUCAGGCACGAUCUGUCGCGCCCGAGACUUUCUUAUUAGACCAGGACGCUCAGCAAAGCCUCCCGCCGGACAGUGUCGUUGCCCUGCAGCAGGUCGACAACCUCAAGUACUUCCUCAUAUCAGCGCCCGUUGACUGGCAACCCGACCAGUACAUUCGCCGCUUUCUUCUACCAACAGGCGAAUACGUCUCGUGUGUUCUAUGGAACAACCUUUUCCACAUCUCAGGCACAGAUAUUGUACGAUGCUUGUCAUUCAGAUUCCAGGCCUUUGGCCGCCCAGUGAAGAACUCGAAGAAGUUCGAAGAGGGUAUCUUCUCAGAUCUGCGCAACCUGAAAUCCGGCACAGAUGCAUCGCUCGAAGAGCCCAAGAGUGCAUUCCUUGACUUUUUGUACAAGAACAACUGCAUUCGAACACAGAAGAAGCAGAAGGUCUUCUACUGGUACAGCGUACCGCACGACAGGCUUUUCCUCGACGCCCUUGAGCGCGACCUGAAGCGUGAGAAGAUGGGCCAGGAGGCAACCACCAUGGCAGUCAGCGAGCCUGCGCUCUCUUUCGAGUUCGAUUCAUCACAGUCGCUCUUCGAGCAGCUUACCAAGGCACAACAAACAAACUCCUCGUCGUUCAACAACAACGUGCAGCCUUCGUACCAGAGCACAUCGCCUGACAUGCGCGAGAUGUCCAUGCCUCCACCAACCAUGGUCCCUGUCCAGCAGCCCAUGCCCCAGAUGCAGCAGCAGCAGAUGCAGCAACCAAUGCACCACGAGGACCCAAUGGCCCAGUACCACCAGCAAAUGUCAAUGCCUCCUUCCAUGCAAAACACAGUCGUCAAGAGCCGAGAGCACCGCGAGCUCAGCCAGUCUUUCCAGUACGACCGCAACGGUAUCCCCUUGUCGCAAGUCCACCAGCGUCACAGCUCGAUGCCUGCGUACAUGGAGUACUCGCCUGCGCCAUCUUUCGUCUCUUCUCACUACGAGGAUUACAGCACUCGCGGCAUGUCCUUCGAGCCAUUGACCCCUCCUCAACACCAGAUUGGCCUCGGUGCUGAGCCUGCCUACAUUGCGAACGAGGACACUGGUCUUUACAGCGCCAUUCCAGACCUUCCAGUUCCCAACACAUUCAACCCUCUGAUGAACAUGCCACCAUCGAACUUGAUGGGAUCUGGCUACCCUGGUGUCUCACGACCAUUCGCUCCUGGCAACGUCUACUCCGUCAUUGAAGGUUCGCCUACCUACAAGCAACGCCGGAGGCGUUCGUCCCUCUCUGCGGGCAUCGCCGCCGCUGUCACCGCUUCCGGUGCCGGUGCUCACCAGGUUCACCGCCCAAGUGAUCUGAGGCGAUCAAUGUCAAGCUCCGUCGUUCCCCUUGCUGAGGUCGACGAGUCAAACCACAACUCGCCCAACAGCCAGAACGGUACAAGCUACCCUCAGAUGCCUGAGGCGAAGCCUCACAUGGACAUGUCCCGACAGGGUACCCCACUCAACACCGUCGAAGAGAGCCCGGAGCCACAAUCGGCUUCGCUGCACCACGACGACCUGAACACCCUGGUCAACGGCGAGCUGUUUGAGAGCCCCCUCCAGCACAGCGCAGUCGCUCGUACCGCUGGUGCAGGACCCGUUUUCCGACGCGCCCGCAGUGCUACCAUGAUGGAAAUCGGCCCGUACCCCCAGAAAUCGCACUCCUGCCCGAUCCCCACAUGUGGUCGUCUCUUCAAGAGAUUAGAACACCUCAAGAGACACGUACGCACCCACACACAAGAACGACCAUACGUUUGCCCGUUGUGCAACAAGGCCUUCUCGCGCUCAGACAACCUUGCCCAACAUCGUCGCACACACGAGCCCCGCGCUGACGGCGAGCCGCUGAGCGACUACCAAGAUGAAGAAGACCUUGAAGGCGAGGAUGACCACCUCAACUCACUCCAAGACGAGCUUUCGCCCGAGUCUGGCAACGAGUACCUCGGCCUGUCGCACUCUAUCAACGAUAUUCCCGGUCCAGGACUCGGCAUGACCAUGGCGCCACCACAACACAGCCUCAUGGCCGGCAGCCACUACUGA